ACUCGCCGGAAGUGCUCCUCCAGGCGUACCUGGCUGUUGUUGCUGCUCAGCUUUCCAUCUCCCCGCGCGACGCUAGCAAGUAUCAGGGCCGCCACAGGAACAUGAUUCUGAUUUAGCCCCUCCACUUAGCUAUAAAAAGACAUUAAUCAGAACUGCCUGGCAUCUUCCUGAACAAGACUUUCACUAGGACCCAGUAUGCUUCAUUUCAUCCAGAAGUUUUCUCAAGUAUCUUCAAAGAUGCUGAAGUACCCUUUCCUAAUGGGACUAAGAACCAGCAGGGGAACAGAUAUACUUUCCCUCAAGACAUCUUUCCACCAGAACUUUUCUCCUUUGUUUCCAAGGCCUCGGCUUAUCUCAUCUUUUCUAGUGUGUGUGAGCAAGACCCAGUGCUAUCAUACGUCCCCUUGCAACUUUAAGAAGAAGCAGAAGCAAACAGUACUUCCAGCCAGGCCACCAAGCACCAUCACUUACUUGCCCGAGAGCCCAAAGCCAGCAUUAUAUAUAACUCUGGCAGGACUAAUCCCCUUCAUUGCUCCACCACUGGUCAUGCUGAUGACAAAGACUUAUAUCCCUGUAUUAGCUUUUACUCAGAUGGCUUAUGGAGCUAGUUUCCUAUCUUUCUUGGGAGGGGUCAGAUGGGGUUUUGCUCUACCAGAAGGUAGUCCAGCCAAACCAGACUUCCUUAAUUUAGCUAAUAGUAUGGGUCCUGUUGUGUUUUCAUGGUUUGCCUUACUUAUUUCUGAAAGACUCAGUGAAGCCAUAGUCACAGUAAUAAUAGGUUUAGGGUUAGCAUUACACAUUGAACUUUUUCUCUUGCCACAUUAUCCCAGCUGGUUCAAAGCCCUGAGGAUAGCAGUCACUUUAUUGGCCUUUUUUUCAUUUGUAAUCACUUUGGUACUUAAAGACAUUUAUCCAGAGAAAGGACGUAAGAGACCUGGUCAAAUAGCAUAAAUAUAUAAUUACAUUGUAGAUUCAUUAGU